AAUAGUUAGUCUGUAAAGAUUGCUAUUGUCGGAAAAGAGUAUCACUGUCACACACCACUAUUUGCCUACUUACAAAUUUUGCUGACCAUAAGAUGCCGCUUGUUCUUGUGAUGUCAACUGAACAUACUUCCGUGACAUAUUACAAUAUACGGCAAUAGCAUGAUCAAAUAGAAAAGUUUCUCUAACCACCGGAUAUGGUGCACUGUGGACAAUACGCCAAAGAAUAGAAUUAGAUGAUAGGUACUAACUGUCGAGCAGUUGAACGUUUUUUGUCGUUUGCGAUAAUCUCAGCAUAUGCCAUUGAAUUGCGAAGCGUUCACACGCGUGUUCAGUGUUCGGUAUGGGACGACGGUUAUCGGGUGGAAAUUUUCGAAAGGGCGUGUAUUAUUUGAAAGUAGUUCGAAAAAUUCCGUUGCACGGUAACCUAUUUUCCACUAUCCUCAAACGACAAAUCAUCAAACGACGUGCGUUUAAAAUCACUACAAUAGAUUAAAUUGGUACGCUGCUUUCCAACACACGCCCCGCAAGAAAACGUGUGAUUUGUUUAUACUUUCCAACAUGUAGAAGGUGUCUAGCCUAUGAUAAAGAAAUUAUUAAAAGGGCAUCAGGUGAAUGAAACGCUUCCAGUUACACAACAGAUGGUUUCGGUUAAACUUAGUUUGUAGUGGUUUAUUGCUAGUUUUUGGAAGUAGUUUAUGACCAGAACUAAUGGAACACGAAGGAGCAAUACACUACUUACUACAUAACGUAACAAGUUUGAAGGGGUUGUACAACUUCCUAGUGGACGAUUUGGCUGACCACAGAACUAGGGAUCUACCCUUGCUGCACAAUCCACUAUGGAUCAUAGGAUGUAUCGGACUUUAUCUAUUGCUCGUGUUGCGGAUAGUUCCCGACAUAAUGCAGGAGAGGAAAGCCAUGCAAUUAAAAUACCCGAUAAUCGUGUAUGACGCCUUUCAAAUGUUGGGCAGUGCAUGUUCCAUCUAUCUGUUCUAUCGACAUGGUUGGACUUUCCAGUAUUUCUACAAAUGCAGAGCACCUGAUUUUUCCAACGAUAAGGAUUCCAUCGGAUUCAUCUACGCUGCUUAUUUUACGUUUCUCUUGAAGAUGUCAGAGCUCAUAGAAACGGUUAUGUAUGCUUUGAGGAAGAAAAAUGCACAAAUCAGUAGCUUCCAUGUUUAUCAUCACUGUUACGCUUUAGUAACAUCUUGGGGAUUCGCGAAAUAUGGCGGAGGUAGCAUGCUGAGUUACACAAUUAUCGUUAAUAGUAUAGUGCACAUAUUUAUGUACGCAUACUAUCUUAGUUCCAUUUUUGCGAAACAACUACCGUUUAGUUUAGUUCCUGUUAAAAAGUUGAUCACACUUCUUCAGAUAACUCAACUGAUAACCGUGCUCAUCAAUUUGGGCUUUGCGAUGCGUCCUGAUUGUCCCGUGCCAUUAGGCCAUUGCCUGUUUCAUGGCCCCAACAUGGCACUGCAAAUCAAAUUGUUUGCUGACUUUUAUUUGAGAACGUAUACUUCGAGGAAAACGGAAAAGGAUAACCUUCUGUUAACGUCCAACGAGGUUGUUGUUAACGUUGCUAGUAACACGUACAAGCGAAAAUGAAAGUGAAAGUUUGGGUAGCAAA